CACGGAUAUUUUUAAUUUUCUCGCUGGAGCGUGUACCCCUCCACUUUUUACUAAUUAUUUUCCUCCGGUAUUAAAAGACCCAAAAACGAAAGAUUGAAGUGGAGAUGAGAGAUGUCGAGCCAGUGCUAAUGGAAAAAUAAAGAUAAAAUGGGGGACGAGGGGGGAGAUGAAAAAAAAAAAAAGCCAUAUCAGAGCUCCUCUAGGUGUGUCAUGCCCACCUUGCAAACUCUCUCGUACGUAUUUGUGUGUGUCCUUAAGCUCUAUCGGGGACUUGGGAGCUCGUUGUAACGACCUCUGGCCACAGACUCGCCAACUAAAGAUUGGGCCCUGGUGUGUAUAGUAUUUAUGCCCAGGCAAAGAACCGGUGUGUCGGCACUCAGCAGUAAGGCCUACAGCCUCCACACUCCCAACUAUACCUCUCUUACCUUUCCUACCCUCCUUCAACAUUUCUCUCUGCCUCACCUCGCAGCGUUCCUCGUUUCCCCCCAUCAGUCGUGCGCGUUCCUCCAUCGUCGCUUGGCCAGGACCCACCGAAGGACAUCCACAUCACAGCCCCAAUUUCUCUCCCAGUGUAGUUGAAUCUUCAGUUGAAAAUUUCCCUUAGCUGACGCGAUAGAUCGCUCUUCAUCUGUCAAAAUUUAAAAAAACAAAUGGCAAUGGAGCAGUGGGAAUGCAACAGGUAGAUGGAAUUGAGGAAGAACCAGUGUACCUCGGUAUGCCACGGAAAACAUUCUGAAAUCUCCCGCAGAGAACGAAAAAAAAAACGUACAUAAAAGCAGGUGAAGACUCCUGACUCCCUCCCCACUACUCUCCAUGGACCAAGUGAAUCUUCAAGAGGGUUUUGUACAGUCCGAGCCACGUGCUCAACCGUGUGCCAUCACAAGUGGAUUUAGAGUACAAAAAGCCUCAUGUGGAAAUUGUGAUCCUAUAAUAACUCGGCUGAGAGAACGAGUUUUGCACCUGAUGUGCGUAAAGUUGAUGCAACUACUGAGGCGUGGGUAGAAUUCCAUUCAGCCCGGAUUAUUAUAUUUUCUCAAUUAAAUUGUGAAUAACCGUUGUUGGAUAUAAUCGAUGGAUUACGACAGGGAGUGUCUUGGAAUGUGCAUACCAGUGGAUUAAACGAAAUUAAAGUUGAUCGUAUCAGUGAAAAUGGAUAGAAAUGAGAGUAUCACUGGACUCGGUGGCGGUGGUGGUGGUGGUGGUGGUAGUGGUGGUGGCGGUGGUGGUAAUUCUGGAUCACCAUUGGGCCAGCAGCAGCAGCAGCCACCACCACAGGGACCCACUCCACCCCAUAAUUCAGUUGGAAACGUCGAUAAUCAGGUUGGUGACCGAGGAUGGGAGGUCCACCACGUGACUGUGACCCGAGUCCCAGGUUAUGGUUUCGGAAUCGCAGUAUCCGGAGGACGAGACAAUCCUCACUUUACGAAUGGCGACCCAGCGAUAGCAAUAUCAGACGUCUUAAAAGCGGGUCCGGCAGAGGGAAAGCUCCAGGUGAAUGACAGAAUAAUUUCUGCAAAUGGAGUAUCCUUGGAAGGUGCUGAUUACGGAGCAGCUGUGCGAGUCCUCCGGGACUCCGGCUCGACUGUUCUUCUCGUUGUGAAACGCCGGGCCCUCGGCAAUAUCCCAGGAUCUCCAGCGAGUACUCCACAGAGUCAUCGUCUGACACUCACAAGAAACAACAAGAAAGACGAUUUCGGUAUAGUCCUAGGAUGUCGUCUUUAUGUUCGAGAAGUGACGCGAGAGGGAACUGGAGCGAAACCGGGUGACAUUAUCACUAGAAUCGGUGGAGUAGCCGCUGACAACAUGAGUCUGAAGGAAGCCAGGAAGAUGAUGGACCAGUGCAAAGACAGAUUAUCGAUUGUAGUCACCAGGGACACUCCGAACUCCACCGGUUAUCCCCCGGGAAAGGGCGAGGGAGGAGAGUACUUAUCAGGAGCGAGCUACAGCAGUCAGAAUCUAUACGUUCCACCGCCGACUCGACAGCCCAUCGAGGACAAGAGUAAUCUCGCCCCAAGGGGACGCUCGAGAGGACCACUGAUGGAUGUAUCACUCAGCCAACUAGAUCUACCAGCAACACCAACUGUAGAUCCACCGAGACCUCCACCCCCUCGAUUAGAAGAUUACUACAGCUCGAGGAGACAGCUUUACGACGAGGAUCCCCUUGUCCAAAGAUCAAAGCAGCCCAUGCCAGAUCCUCGAUUCAUAACUUUUCAGAAGGAAGGCUCCGUAGGGGUAAGGUUGACUGGAGGCAAUGAGACUGGUGUUUUCGUCACAGCAGUCCAGCCUGGAAGUCCGGCUUCUCUUCAAGGGCUUCAACCGGGUGAUAAAAUUCUCAAAGUCAAUGAUAUGGACAUGAAAGGAGUGACGAGAGAAGAAGCUGUGCUGUUUCUUCUCAGCCUUCAGGAGCAGAUUGAUCUGAUUGUUCAGCACAGAAGGCAGGAUUACGAGCAGAUUGUGGCAUCUGGUAGGGGUGAUUCAUUCCACAUUAAAACCCAUUUUCAUUAUGAACAACCGGAGAAGGGGGAAAUGAGCUUUCGCAGUGGUGAUGUUUUUCACGUGGUUGAUACACUUCACAAUGGUGUCGUUGGCUCAUGGCAGGUAUUCAGAAUUGGUAGAAAUAAUCAGGAGGUGCAGAAGGGCAUUAUUCCAAAUAAGGCGAGAGCUGAGGAACUCGCCACUGCUCAGUUUAACGCAACCAAAAAGGAAUUGAGUGCUAGUGAGAGUCGUGGAAGUUUCUUCAGACGGAGAAGGGGCAGUCAUCGACGAUCAAAAUCACUCGGUCGUGAUCACUGGGAUGACGUUGUCUUUUCGGAUAGUGUCAGUAAAUUUCCGGCGUAUGAGAGAGUUGUUCUCAGACAUCCUGGCUUCAUCAGGCCAGUUGUGUUAUUUGGACCAGUUGCCGAUCUCGCUAGGGAGAAAUUGCUUAAAGAUUUUCCAGAUAAAUUCACCUCACCUCAAAUGGAAAGCCAGAUGGAGGAUGGAGGGAAGAGCACGAAGACGUCUGGAAUUAUUCGUUUGAGUGCAAUUAGAGAAGUGAUGGAUAGAGGAAAGCACGCUCUACUCGACAUAACUCCUAAUGCUGUUGACAGACUGAAUUAUGCUCAGUUUUAUCCAAUAGUCAUAUUUUUGAAGGCAGAAACUAAGCAAGUGGUCAAGGAAAUGCGGGCAGGGAUACCAAAGUCGGCGCACAAAAGCAGCAAGAAGCUUCUCGAGCAGUGUCAGAAGCUUGACAAAAUAUGGGGCCACGUGUUCAGUGCUGUAAUAACUCUGACCACCCCUGAGGCAUGGUACAGGAAGCUGAGAGAGUUAAUAGACCGUCAACAACAAGGCCCAUUGUGGAUGAGCCAGACCAAGCCGGAAGAGGCCCUCUCGGAUGACUUCCUCUUCCCGAUGACAUCACGCCUCUCCUACGCCUCCUCCCCGGAGAGUGAUCUGGAAUUAAGCCCAGCACCCCCUAUUCCCGGUGCCCUGGGGCCACCUGCGAGGCUUAAAAGUAGCUCAGAUCCAAGUAUCGCUACUCAGGAUGAUACCACUGCACCCCCACCAUACACAUCAAGCUAUCAGGCCUUCGAGCAGCACAAACGAGCGCAGGGAGCGCCAACAGACAGCAAAUAUGGUUUCUCCAUGUCUAGCUCGAUGAACGAACAACCGGGUCUACCGCAGUAUCCGGUACAGCCUCAGACUAGAUCGCCACCUCAGGGACCCCCCGAUCUUCCCCCAAGAGUCGACAGAAACGUCAAGCCCACGAGUCAGACUCCACGUGGUACAAUUGGACGAUCGGCUGCUGACCGAUUACUUAACAAAACUGACUCCGUCCUCGACAUGGGGAACUACAUAAACGCAACUCCCCAUCGCGCUAACGCCACAUCCUCCCUCGAAAGGACUCAGCCCAAAACUGGGAGCUACGACAGCAUGUCUUCUUAUGAUUCUUACAACAACACCAAUGGGAAUGCACCGUACACUGCAACGAGUAUCAACACUUCCUCUGGGAGACUCGGCCCCAAUGUCCCCGAUGAUCUCAAGACUGGCAGUAUGCCGGGAUCACAGAGGCCUCAUGACCCUUACAGAUUCACUAGAUCCACUGCCCAACCAAUUAAUAGCCAGGACUCGCAAACUAGGACUGAUUACGCCAAGUACAGCCGAACGGGAGAGCAUAACAAAGUCAUACCUGCAACACCGGGAAAACCGUCGGGGGGUACUUACAAACCUGUACCACCCCCAAAACCGAAGAACUAUCGGCCCCCACAGCAGCAGAUCGUUCAGGAUGAGAAUAACGGCGGCGGCAUGUAUCAACAUGCCAAGAGUUACUCCAUGAAUGCUUCACAUCUUCAUAAUGGGACUGAAAAUGGUGGAAACAUACAGCGCAAUAGUGGACAGUACUACUACAACAUCCCUCCACCUAACCGCGGCGAUGGAAAUUACUUGAUGAAUUCCAAUCACAGUCACAGUCAUACGUCGCCAAAUCAUAGUCAUUCUCUCAGUCAUACUCAUGCACAUUCCAAUCCACCGAUAACCGCCCACUCCCACAGCAACAGUGUGGGUCAGCUCACACUGGGGCACACGCAUAAUCGCAGUACAGCGAAUGUCAACGGCCACAGCCACAGCAACAGUCACGUGGGGACGGUUCAUCCCUCGGGAGGAGGGAAUGCUGGACAUAAUCGCGACGCCAGCGGACUAGAUUUGGCCGGGAGUCGUGAGCAGCGAGGGAGUGCUUUUGAAUUGUAUCGGAAACCACCGCUCCAUCAUCACAAUGUCAGGAGUACUGGGGUGGCACGUGGGUUGUUCGAUAGUGAGGGUGGUGUCCUCGAGGGACCGGGUGGGGUCAGUUUAACAAUACCCCCGGGUGCACUAGCCCCAAAUACACGACAAGAGAUCUACUUCGCGGUUACAACUCCGCAUGUUAUUGAAUCACAUAACAACGAUCAUCGUCGCACAUCUAUUUCACCGCCAAUGCACCAGGGUGAAUCUUUAUUAAGUCCUGUAGUGGAAUGUGGACCACGAGGACUCGAGUUCAAGGUUCCAGUUGACCUAAGAAUUCCCCACAAUGCAACGCCAGCUCACAAAUUAGCCCUAAAAGCUACAGACGAUGCAACAUUCAGGAGUGACUGGCUGAACGUCAAACUGCCAGAGCCCACGUCGGAUCAUAUACUCGUUAAACUCGAUCAUUUCUAAUUCCCUAGAUUCUAUAAUCCACAUACUAUUAAAUCAAAGUAAGAAUCAAUGCUUAUUCUCUGUGAGAAACUGUCGAAUAUUGUUUAUACAUAAUUCCCAAUCAUUUAUCCUGCGAUUACUCGAUUGUAUUCGGUAGAAAGGAGAGCAAGGCUGAAAUACCAAAUGAACAGAGUAUAUCGAAUUAAUACUAGACUUAAAUGAGAGAAAACAUAACGGCAUUUAUUAUGCAAUCUUGCUCGCACAUUUUUCCUCCAUUUUUUUUUGUUGUAUGCAUCGUUGGCUCUUGAUCCUUUACAUGUGAGAACAAGUCAGCAAUUAAUAUCUAAUA